GCAGACAGAGACAUCCACGAUGCUACGCCAAAGCAGUCGCUUGACUCGGCAGAUUCCGCAGUGUCUACCCAGCAGGCUGGGCCGCGGCAACACGCGACUGGUGUCAUGCAGGCCCCGGUUUUCCACUCAGGCAGCUCGACGACAAGCUGGUACUCGCCAUUAUGAGCCUCAAGACUCCCUGCUCAAGAAAAUGGGCGAAAGUGCCGCCACCACAUUCGCCUCCAUCGUCGUUCUCGCCCUCGGAUUCGCCGGUGCUGGGUACAUCUACCACAAGAGCUACAAGAUGCUCGUCCUCAAGAAAAUGACCCGCGCCUUUGAACCAGGCGACCCUGUCCUGGACUUGGCAACAACCGCCAAAGAAGUGCCUCGAACAAUUGCUCCUGAGGACGAGCAUUGGGUCCAACGCCCGGAGCAGGCGCACGUGGACAGAAUCGUUGACGGGAGGGAAUCUGGCCAUUACUAUCUCUUCAUGGGAGAGAAGGGCACGGGGAAAAGCAGCAUGCUGAUCGAGGCUAUGCGCAAGACUGAUGGCGACGGCGUGGCCAUGUUUGAAGCCCACGCCGACACCGAAAUCGUAAGGAUACGCCUCGGCAAGGCGCUCGACUACGAGUUUCAUGAGGACUACAUUGGAGGCUACUUCAGUGAACGAGGUCCGCGAGAAACCACUGCUCUGCUGGACAUUGAACGUGCCCUGAACAAGCUGGAAAAGGUCGCGAUGAAGCUUGCGCAAACAAGGCGGAAGCCCCUCGUCCUUAUCGUGAACCAGCUACAUCUCCUAAGGAACAACGAUGAAGGCAGGGAUCUGCUUGAGCUUUUGCAGCAGCGCGCAGAACAAUGGGCGGCGGCCAACCUCGUCACCAUGGUAUUCAACACCGACGACUACUGGGUCUACGAGCGGCUGAAGCUCCUGGCCACGCGCAUGGAGGUGCUUGCUGUCACGGAUUUGCCCAAGUCACAGGCGAUCAACGCCCUGAGGAAGUAUCGCCAGCGCUAUUUCCACGAGAUUCCUAACCACAAGGAGCUCGAGGAUGUAUACGAUCGGAUUGGUGGCCGCUUGAGCUUUCUGAACCGCGUGGCAAAAAGUCGGGAUAUGAUUCGCACGUGCGAUCAGAUCAAGGACACUGAGAAGAAGUGGUUUCUCAACCAGUGCUGGAUCCUUGGCUCAGAGAUGGAUGACGACGUGAUGGAUCAGCAGAAGUGGGCGGCGGCUGCCAUGACUCUCGCUCUCGCUCUCGUUGACAAAGAAGCAGAGGCGCCCGACUCGUACGACCCAGUUGUCGGUCACCUGCUGCCAACGUUCCCCUUCCAUAUUGCUCAGGAGAUCAUGACCCGAGCCGACUUCAUCCGCGAUCUCGACAGUCUCAACCUCUUCACCGUCACCAGCCAGGCGGAUGUUCGUGCCAGCAGCGUCCCGAUGCAUCUCGCUUUCAAGGAGAUAUGCGCCGAGCCUCGGUUCCGCAAGCACUUGGAAGACACGAUUCAGCGAAUUUCUGAUAUCGAGAGCUUGGGUCGUACCAGAGAGCUUGUUGCCAAGGAUCUGGUCCUUGGUGGCCAAUAUGACAUUGAGACGAGCCGCAAGGGCAUCACACCACUCCCUCGAAAAACCAACGAGUCCCAUAAUAUUUUCCACGCUCAGGCCAGCCAAGCAACGGCACCGCGAGGCUUCGAUUCCUCAUCUCUCGCCUCUGCCCUGAUGUCUGCCAACUCCAAAUGGCCCGACUUCCAGCUUGCUUCAAAAUUGCGACACUUCCUGGGUUCUAGCGCGCCUGAAUCGACUCCCUCAGAACCGACAACCUCACAGGCCAAGCACGAGGAACCGCAAGCUUCCCAGGAACACGACGACGAGCGCAAGGGCGAAGUUCGCACCGAAACAAUGGCUGAGCUCGACAACGAUCCAAUCGAGGAGAUGGAAGAUGUGGGCGAUUAUGUGGAUGAGGGCGAUGCUGCUGACGUCGACGUCGAUUUUGGCGAUCUCGAAAUGUUUGAUAGCGCGUCACAGCUCCCGUAUUCAUCACAGGCGCCUCAGAACGUAAAAUUCGACGAGCCUGAGUUUCCGACAUUCACCGAGAGCGCGCCAAACGACAAGAACACCAAGAAGAAGAGCAAGGAUGGCCGCCGCGCGUCGGAUUUCGUUGUCGACGACGAGGCCGCCACUGCUGAGGACGACAGACAAGCAUCUGAUGCCGUCGAGCAUCCCACCUCAGAGAUGGAUGCACUGGACUUGACACCCGCUCAGGCAGCCGACAAGAAAAAGAAGAAGCGCAAGCAGUCCGACUCUGUGGACGGCAAGCGACACAAGAAGAGAAAGGGGAUCGAAGAUGGCGACUCAGCAGUCAUCGAGCAGACGCAAGACGAAACCGCCGAAAGCGCUGAUGCCGGACACACCGAAGCUGUCACUGCCACCAGCUUCCUGCACACGGACAAGAAUGCCACCAGCCAGCACGUUGAUGCUGCCACGGAGGACGACGCCGCCAAUGCCGAAGAGCAAAGCUCGCCAAGCAUUGCCCGUGCUCGGCGGCGCAGCCAGACGGGAGAGGAAACUCGCUCGAGGGAGAAUAGUAUAUCUUCCCGGGCUCAGUUUGCCCCCAUGGCCCCCAUGGCAAUUGACACGCUGCCGCAAGAAGAGGCCCCCCCAGUUGAUCGCGACGUUGAGGAUCUCGCGCGCGAGGCAUGGAAAGAACACAUCAGUAGCCAAGCCGGAAGCCAUGUGAAUGCCCCUGGAGACUCUGCUCAGGCGGAGGAGCAGCCAGCAGCCAGCCCAGCUCCACGGCGAUCUACGAGAGCAAAGAAGGCGCCCGUGACGCUUGUGCAAGCCGCAGACGCAAAAGUAGAAACCCCUGCAAAGAAGAACCGCCGCGUACUUGAGGAGCUGCCGUCACCCUCCGCCAACUCCCCAAAGCCAAGGGCGAGAACUAAGCGUGCUACUAAGAGACAGCCGCGGACAUUGCAGUCCUUGGAGGAGGAUGGCGAGAACGGGGAAGAUGAUGAACCGUCGAGGAGGAGAGGCAAUGCCGGAGGCUACACGCAAGGGCGAUUCACAGACGCCGAGCUGGAGGCCAUCAGCCGGGCUGUCGAGGCUUUCCGUAACGAGUAUGGAAUGACACAAGUUGAAGUCAAUGAGAUUAUUCAAGCUCCCGGAGGCACGACCGCCGGUGAUGCCCAUGCGCGCCUCUGGUAUCGUCUCUUCGAGGUGUGCCCUGACCGUAAGAGGCAGAAGGUCAUCAACAUUGCUCGCAAGAAGUUCCACAACUUCGUUGCGCGAGGAACGUGGACGCCGGAACAGGACGCAGAGCUGGCUUCUCUCAUUGAGGUGCACAAGAGCGCCUGGUCCAAGAUUGCAGGCAUCAUCAACCGCCAUCCUGAGGAUGUGCGGGAUCGGUAUCGCAAUUACAUUGUGUGUGGCGCGAACCAGCGCAAGGAUGUAUGGAGCGAAGAGGAGGAAGCUCACCUGACCCAGAUUGUCAAGGACGCCAUGGUCGCUAUUGACGAUCUGCGGCUUGCUUCGCCCGAUAAGCCUCUGCUUAAGAAGCCCUACGAAGAGCUCAUCGACUGGCAGGACAUCAGCGAGCAGAUGGGAAGGACGCGGAGUCGACUGCAGUGCAUCACCAAGUGGAAAGCCAUGCAGAUGCGCCUUUCAGGAAAGAAGAAGGACAAGAAAUCCGGCUCCUCCUCCCAGGGCUCGGAAAAGAAGAAGCAACAGCCGUCGCAAGCUGAGCCGUCUGUUUCGAAUGAGGACCUCGCUUUCCAGCUGGAUGUGGCUCGUCAGCAGCUGGCAAGUAUGCGCGAGGAGGAACAAUAUCGCUUGGUCUUGGCUAUUCAAGGAGCCUCGGUCCUGUCAGAGGAUCAGAUACCCUGGACAAAGCUGCUCGAUAAGAAGUUCCGCCGCCAAUGGACUCGGGGCACUCAGGCUCUGCUCUGGGAUCGCCUGAAGCAGACCGUCACAGACUGGGAAUCCAUGACCGUCCUGGACAUUGCCCAGCAGCUCAUCAAUGAGUACAACCGAACCGGAGGCCUGCCUGAGGUCACCGGCAGUGGCUACGACGACGAUGACCGAGAAAGGGAAAUUCUCCGCCAACUCAAUGCCCGCCACAAGCCGGCAGCAGCACCCAAAAGCGAAGAGUUUGUCCAUGACUCUGGUGCAGAGGACGCCAAGGAGGACGAGCAACCGAACCAGAACGACAAGCUCGAUAUCACCAUUGAUCCGGCGUUGAUGGAAGCAGCGCCGCCUUCACCACCCAAGGCUACCCCCAAGCCGAAGAAGGCCGCACCGAGGAAGACACCAGCUAAGAAGAAGUCAAAGAAGCAGGAUCUUAGCCAGGAUCCCAUCGAAGACAGCGAGCCGACCCUGCCAGUCGCCACUGUCGAUCAAGGCGAGGAGUCCAACCUGGAAGAAGCGCAGGCUCGCAAAGCCAAGACGCCCAGCAAGUUCAAGUCAGUUAACACCAGCGGAAACGAGGAAAAUGGCGUGGAUGCUCCGCAGACGGAGCCUUACUCAGACAGCGUUAUGGACGACAUGGAGGAUCUGCCGGCACGGGUUUCGACUUGAUGCAGAUUAUCUUAUAUACCCUAGC